AUGCGCCAAGGAAGAAAAAUCAAAGGAAGAAAGGAAAAAAAAAGGGGAAGGUUCAGCAGGAUGCUGAGGCAACACAAGGCCAGGCUCUACAUCAUCCGGCGAUGCGUUGUCAUGCUCCUCUGCUGCCAUGACUGACCCUACAUAGGUGUUCGGUUCUUUCGUUUGUAGCUAGGCUAGGCUAGGCUAGGCAUGACACUUUCUUUGGUGUGUAUGUUCAUAGGGCACGUAGGUCAUAUAGAUUUUGCCGACGGGUGAAUUUGGAUGUUAGAGUUUUGUGUGGUGUGAUGUUGAAGCUCUCUCAAGUCCUCCAAUGGCAAGGAUGUGCAUGUAUCGACA